GGAUAAUUCGUGAGCGCACUGGCUGGCCCAGAAAUCACUCAAAAGGAACCGCAGGCAGACGGCCCCAACCCAUGGUAGGUAUGUCCCCGUCCCUUAAUCAUGGUGUCGGCACAAAGAAAAGUAGAUGGAUGGAUGGAUGGUGCUCACUUCCGGCUGGCUGCGGUGUGCGGCUUGGUCGCCUUGCCCUUCGCCCAUGAGGCCCGCCGCUGCACCGCAGUGCUGGACAGGAGGGUCACACCGGCCUCCUUCAAGUUGUUCCGCAUGACGUCCAUGGUGUCCUUGGCCACACCGGCCGUCGCGUCUUCAACCAUGUAUGUGUGGAAGCCGUAGUUGGCCGCGUCGACGGCUGUGCUGCCCACACAAUAGUCCAUCGCCAGUCCCUGCGCACAGCCACAACACAAAUCAUGAGAAAGACGCUUUCUUCCGCGCCGCCUCUCCCCCCCUCUCUCUCUCUGUCGCUCACUCAACUCACCAUGACGUAGACGGAGCGUAUGCCGCUCGCCUUCAGCUGCUCCAGCAGCCCGGUCGGCUCGGGCUCGAAGUUGGCAGUGGGUGGCGACGUACCGAACCCACUAUAGGCGUCUGCUCUUUCCGCUGACCCUUGAGGAUGAUGUGGUCCGUCGGCUGCCGCUUCAGGUCGGGAUGAAAAGCUGCACCCACCGAAUGCGCUAUGCAGUGGGGCGGCCAGAGCACCUGCCGGCCCAUGUCGUCCGGGAGGUCGACGAGUGUCACGCCGAUGUCUUUGCUGGUCUUGCCCCUGUGUUGUGUGUAGAAGGAGACAUGGUCGAUGGGGUGAAAGUCGGCAGUGAGGAACACCUCGUCGAAGAAUGGAAGGCUUCUGAGCGUGUUGAUGGUGGGGAUGAUGUCCAGGGAGCCUUUGACCUACAUGGCAUAUGCAUGCACCACAGUGGCCGCAAAGAAACACAGACAGACGCAGAUGCGCACCCACCAUCAGCGAGCCGUCGGGUUCGCAGAAAUCCUUCUGCAGAUCCACAAUUAUGAGCGCCACCUUGCCGUUGCCCGUGUCCUCAUCCAUCCCCUCCAGCUCAUCGACCUCGGCGAAGGCGGCGGCCUCCUCCGGCCGGAAGCCGAAGCCGCACGUGUCGGAGGAGCCCUCACACCCCUCGUCGGCAUCAGAGACCAGGGGAAUGUCCGAUGCAAACAGAGGAGGCACCAGAGGAAGCACCAGCAGCGCGAAAGCAACAUGGCGGAGAACGGGGAGAGCCAUUUUGCUGCCCUGCUUUCCGACGGAUUUUGGUGGUCCCUGCGCCUGCGCCAAGCAACGACGUG